UAUACAGAUUAUAGUUUUCCUGCUUUACAUGUUAUCAAAAGUAGUUCUCUUACCUCUUACCUUAUGCAGUAUGGUUCACCAUUGAUGAUAAUCAGCAAGUUAGCAAUUCUAAGAAAAUAAAUCGGAAUAAAUCGUAGAAUAAGAUCUUUUCGACACCAGGCAUCGUCCCAUGUGUUUCUGCGCAUGGUUUCAAGGUCUUCUACGUGUUCCUUAAGUCCGAUUCAGCUUAACCGUUUUAGCUUAACUCACUCUUUUCGUCUCUUUCUAAGGGGCAAAUUAAAGAGACGAAGAGUGAGUUAAGCUACGGUUAAAGUUAAGCGACGUUAGUGCAACCGGGCCUAAGUAUGGUUUCUAGGUAAUCCCUAUUCUCGAAGUCGCUGUUAUAUUUCAAUACAUAAUGGCGUCUUUCCUCUUGAAAGUGUUAAGUGACUUAGCAAACAUCGUGGGAAACUAUUGGAAGAACAACGAACCGUACGUCACAGCGGCGAUUUGAGAUCAUUCAGCAUUUGUUACAUCUACUUUCUAUAUUAAAAGCAAGAAAAAGAUAAACGAGUCAGAGGCAGUAGAAAGAAGAGAGAGGGAAAAGAGAUUAUAGCAAGAGGAGAACGGUGGGGGAAAGGAACCGAGGAAAGAGGAGAAUUAGCGAGGUAGGAGUACGCAGUGGACGAGAGUGAAGGAGGAAAAGGAACAAAGAUUGCACGUGGGGAGCGAGAGAGAUUAUAUUGGCAUAGAAAAAGAGUAACGGAAUGUGAGGAGAGAGAAGGAUGAAAAGGACGCUCGAGAUACAGGAAAAAAGCAUUGAACAAAAUGGGAGGUGGGGAAGGGGGAGAGGGAGAAGCGACCCGGGAGAGAGAAACACGGGGGGUAAGAGGAGAAGAGGAAGAUUGGGAAAAGCGUUCAGGGAGAGAAAAAGAGAGUACACGGGGCAGGAAGGGCUGCACGCAGAAAGGGAGAAAGCUAGGGAGAAAGAAAGGGGGAGCCAAGGGCCAUUCCCCGCUCUCCGCCGGAACGGCGGAGUGGGGAAAGAGAGAUGGCAGAAUUGGAAGGGGGCCGCAACAGGGAGUCGAUGAGACGAGCGAAGAGCACGGGCAACUCCGCGGUAAGGGACGGGAGAGGAGAGAGGAGCUGGUAGUCGUAACCCCAGCUGGUAACGACGCGAGAGGGGCAAGCUGCGGCGCGUUGUGUGUUAGUACGGGGGUUACUAUAUAUUAUCUUCGCCGAAGGGGGAAGCGCGGAGAGGAGGGAAGGCAACAAGGAGGUACGAUCCGGUAGUAGUGGGAGAAAAACGAAGGAGGAGAGAGAGAGAGAGAGAGAGAGAGAGAUAGCGGAAAAAGCAAGAUAGAAGAGAAGCGGACGAGACGAGGAGAGACGAGCUGACGAACCGGCAGAGCUAGUAUAGUCGCAUCGGAUCCGAAGGACAGUAGACAGAGACGGAUAAACGAGCGAGAGCGGAAGAAGGAGGGGGUCGUGACUGCCCGAGAGAGCAAGCGGGUCGGCGAGAGGGAGGAGAGCGAGCAUAUACCCGAAGGGACAGAAACGACGAGGGGGAGAGAGCCCGCGGGGAGGGAAAGGGCAUAUCCCACUCCGCGUGCCUCCCGCUCAGUUUGGCAAGAGACGUCGUCGGUGGUACGUGUAGUUAUCGCGCUCGCGUGCUCUCCAUCUCUCUUUCCCGUCGUCUCGUCGCGUCAGCUAUACAGUCCAGCCAGACGGCUGUCGCGCGUUAGUUCUCGAGUGCGCCGCGCGGCGCUAUCCACCGGGCCCCGUCGUGAUUUCGUGACCGCCCUGCGCGCCCCGAGUGUGUAGUGCUUCCUCGCCGUUUGCGAUCGGGAGGGAAGCGGCGGAUUUCCCGGCAGGUUUUCUGCGCGGUUGCUGUACGUUUUCGCACGUCGUUGCUCCGUCGCAGGCCAAGCGCGUGCGAUGAAGCGGAAUCGCCACGAUCGCGGCCGAUCGAGAGACGGUGAAUGACGCGUAACGGCGAGCGACGAGAUCGCGCUGUACCACGCGCGAUACCGUAGGCCGCCGACGGUCACAAAGAGGGAACCUCGAAAGGGAGAGACCGUGCGGGAGGGAGGACGUGCAAGCAUCGGAGAGCAUCGCCGGAGACGUUCUCGUUCCGCGUCGGACGUGGCGCUCUCACAUCGGUGCACGUCGCGUCGUCGUACGUGGUGCAUCGCGCGAGGAACAACGAACGCGUCGCCGUCGUGUAGUCGCCGUAGUCCUAUGCACACACGCGCGGGCGCUCGCGCGCGCGCACGUAUCACGCUCGUGCCCCAGAAUCGUGCGCUGGAGAGUGCAUAGCCGUUGCGCCCGCCAUCCCCGCUGGCACGUUUCGCAUGUUCGUCGUCGUCGCGCAUACAAACUUCGCGUUUUGCAAUUUAUUUGCAUGACGAAGAAAUGGCUGGUAUCGGCAAGAGGACACUUUUACGCGAUGUGAACCCGUAUCUAAUUUGUAAAAUAUGCCGCGGCUACCUCAUAGACGCCGUAACCGUGGUGGAGUGCUUGCACUCUUUUUGCAGGAGCUGCAUCUUGAAGCAUCUCGGCAAUGUGGCGCAUUGUCCGUCAUGCAAACACGCGCUCAACAAGGCAAAACCAAACAUCAAAGCCGACAAAGCGUUACAAGAUAUCGUGUACAAACUGGUGCCCGGAUUAUAUCAUAAGGAAAUGUUGAAGAGACGGGAGUUCUACAAGAAGCAUCCUGAGCACGCAAACUCGGCAACGCCGGAACAACGCGGUGAGGAUGUGAGCGGACGAUUAAUAUUCAAUCCAGAAGAUGUAGUGAGCUUGAGUCUAGAGUACCUACCACCUGGAGUAGAUCCGUUGACCAUACUGAGCACCAACGAUAUGGAUACGAACAAUUUGAACGGUGCCAAUGGUAGUAAUAAUAAUAGUAACAAUAACGCAGUCAGCAACAAGCGAUACCUGCAGUGUCCUGCUCUGGUGACCAUCGCACACCUGAAGAAAUUUAUAGCGAUGAAGUACAGCGUCGACAUAACGAGAUACACCGUCGAGAUUUGCCAUCGGCGUGCGCCACUGCCCGAACAUUGGACUCUCAUGGACGUCGCUUACAUUUAUGCAUGGAAGAGGAUCGCACCAAUAAGAUUCUUCUAUCGGGUGGCGCAAGAGGAACAGAGGCUCGAGGCACCGUUGCACCAAAGACCAUCGACCCCGGGACUCGGAGCUUGUUUGCCGCCGAAUGAUGCGCGGGACGACAGUAAUACGGACACUAAUCAUCCUAUUAAUCAUCCUGAGAUAACUGAAUCCGAGCCGAAGCAGCAAGUCCACCAAACCAUCAGAAAUAAGUCAGCGAGUGACAACAAUGAAAAAACGACAUCUUCGCCAAAAGAUCUGAGUAAAACUGCGAACGACAAGCCGCACGUGAAGCCGCUCGUGGAACGCAAGCAAGCACCGACCACCGAGAAGGAUGAAGCAAACAAGACGACGAUGAGGACAACGGUAUCUACAACAUCAUCGACAUCGACAGCAACAAACACGACGAUGCUGACCACGGCAGCGACAAACGUAUCUUCCUCAUCGAUGGUGAGCGUGUCGCCUUCGUCGACACCAACGACAUGCGACGAUUCAACUAAGCAGAUAAAGACUCCGAUUAAAAUACUGAAGAACCCGGACGGGAAGUACGAAGUGUUAAAGAGUCCAUCCUCCGUUGGCUGGAACGGGAAAGAUCCGACCGCCGCGGUGACCGACAUUAAAAGUUCUACGAGUCCCGAGUUCAGUGUCGUGAAUUCCAACGGAGUGAAAAUAACGUUGAAGCAAUGCUCACCGCCGCAGAACAGCAGUGCGAAGAAACCGAAGGUUAUCAGUAACGUUUUGCUGCGUUGCGGCCAGAUGGAAAAAGAUGCGUCGUCGUCGUCAUUGCCGUCGUUACCAUCAUCGUUAUUCCCCUCGCCCUCGUCGUUGAGCCCGUCAUUGGCGUUGCAGUCGCUGCAGCAGCAGCAGGACAAAGAUAAAUCGGUCGCGACGAUCGGUCCGCUGCAUCCGGAUAAGCAAGAGAAGCAACGGCGUAAGGUGACUUUCGUAGACCAACUUCCGGGCUCGGAGAAGGUAACGUCGCCCACUAAUGCCAGCGCUGUCCUCAAAACGGCCCUUAAGAGGCCCGCGGAGCAACAGGAUAAGAAGCAAUUCCUUCAAAGCAUCCAGUUGACUGCUAGGGAAUCAGUGUCGGAUCACGAUAGUAAGGUGAAGUCACCUAUUCGAGACACUCCGGCAAACAUUCCGGCAGGCGUUCUGGCAAACGACGUUAAAUCACUUCAGAAGGGCAACGCGAUGCCGAGGAGUUUGGAGGAAACUCUGAAGAAAGACGGUAACGAGGUCAAAGAGAACAGCAGCGCCGAGAACGCCAGCUCAAACGCGAACACCAUCGUAGCAAGCGCGAUUGCCAAGCGCGUUACCGGAAUGCCCGCUAGUAAUCGAACGUACGCGUCGGGCAGAAUCGAUGACACGGACGGACGUGCGUCGUUCAACUCGGGAACCAGUAUAAACAUUACGAACAGCAAUAACAAGAUGGACGUGUAUACUUUUUCAAGCGAUCCGCCGAUUGUACCGGCUGGAGCGGUGAAAAGGAAGUGUCCACCGGGCGUACCGAUAGCCGAUCUCAAGCGUCGGAAAUCGCCGCAGAUCGCACAAAAAGAAGUCAAUAAAAAGCAACAAAUUGUUCCUUCACAGAAUGCUGCUAUUAAAAUGCCACGUACGCCGUCUGCGGAACACGUGAUACCUACGAGUAGAGCGACUAACAUAACGGCAGAUCACCCGGGUAGCAACCCGGGUCGCGCGCCGAACAACGUGAAAUCGUCGAGCGGCCCGAUGCUCUCACAUGACACGAGGAAUCUUCUGGAUGGCUGCGGUUUGAGCAUUCCAGCGAGUUUGAGCAUAACGCUGACCUCGCCCAAGUCCGCGGGAACAUCGGGACAGCUGGUCGAAUCUAAUCUCGUUGAUCUCGUUGAUAAUACUCGCAAGGUAGCGCUGGGCAAAGUAAAUCCUAGUAUCACGUUGAAUGACCGAUCGGUCAAUUCGCGCGUGCUGAAAGCGCUCAAGACGGGGCAGAUUAGGAUGCCCACCACGCCGCCGAAGGCCAAACCGCCGGCGACGAUGAUAACCGCAGCGAAACAGACGAUGACAAGUCGAAGUGGCGAGGUGGUGAAUCAUCAACAACGAACAACAUCAGUAGCCGGCAAACGGAAAAGAGAACCGCAGGAGCCGUCCAAAGACAUUCUGGACUUGAGCGGAAGCAACAAGAAGAUGGACAUGCAUCCUCUAAGGAUCCCUCAACCGGUGACGAAGCUCAAUAAGACCAACAAGGUUAUUCCUAGGGACACCAUGCAACCGGGAGGCAUCUCCGAUCAGGGACAAGUGGUGACGCUCAUGAGCGGGCACAAGUAUUAUCGAGCACCACCGGGUUCCUUGACACCCGCCGCUCAUCGUGUUACCGAUUGCCCGUUACCGGCACCGUCGCGGACGCCCGUCUACGCACCGUCCCUUGGUUCCCUCGGCCAUCCGAAUGCGAAUUUCCCGUCGGUUUUUCCGAGUCUGCAGAGCAUCUUCGCUCUCAGUCAGGCACCGAAUCUCCAGCAGUUUCAAAUGGACACGGCGCGAUUGCGACUGCCACCACGUUCCACUGCAGAAUCCAGCGGUGGAGCUGCGACUGGAGCCACUGAAAACGGCAAUCCCGGUAUCAGCGGAAUGCCGGGGAAGAGUCAUUUGGCUGCUCAGUGCGCGCCGGUUAAGCCUGCGAGGUCUUCCGUGGCGCCCUUAGCAGUGCCGAUUAACAAGCAACAGUCCACCGACAAGUUGGCGAGCGCCAAUAAAGCAGCGGUAAGCGAUGCGGGUAAGCUUCCAAUGUUUCGUAACAACGAAAGCCUCGAUUCGACAGAUGAAGCUCCACGCGCGACUGUUCAACGAAAAUACUCUUCGAACGUCGAAAGCACGAAUAAUAGACUCGUAUCACGGAGCAACGACGACAGCACGAAGAGCAAUGCACCAGCUACUACUGUCGAGACCGUUAAAGAUCCGAAUGUAGAGUCUAAAAACUCAGGAUCAACCGAUACGGAUAGUUCAUUGCAGCAGCAGCAGCAGCAGCAGCAUCGCGAGGCAGCGAGCCCUAGAGUAUCGUCGACGGCUUCGCCGUCGCCACCUCCUGGUAAUGGCAGUGUAAAUACGAGAAACGAGGAUAGUGUUAAUCAUAAUGAUAAUAUCAAUAGCAACGAUACGAACGCGAGUAACAAAGCCGCAAGUGCGACGUUCAGUCCGCCGAAGAACAACGUCAGUUCCGAAAUGACGUGUAAUAAAUCGCCGGUUAGUCCGGAUUCCAGUUCGAUCACAGUGGAGAGUACUGCGACGAACAAGAGUUGUUCGACGUCGACGGAUCAGGAAACGGUGACGGAUGCCCAGACAUCGUCCGAUGUAGUCAAACCUUCCGACUCGACUGCCAAUCCUGAUGACAGUGCCGUUGACGGUUCAGCUACUUCCGACGAUGGCAACAAGCUCAACGUCAACAAAUCGGAAGCAACUGAAAUUGCGAAGCAAUUGACUUCGGAGAUGGUACAAAAAAGAUUGUUAGCAGUUUUCCCCUCGAACGAGUGGGCACAUAACCCCAUAGCCGCCGAACAUCUUGGUAACUUUCUGAAAAGUCUGAAUGCCACGAUAAAGAGCAAGGGACAUGCCGAAGAAUCCAACAAGACAUCCGAGGCGUCUGACCGAAAGAUUGUUGGCAAUGAUGGUACGAGGACCAAUAAUGAUGCUUCCGUAAACUCAAAGAAAGACAUUGUCGAGCGUUCGUAAUGAUUUCGUAAAGUCAUUUUACAGUGUCGCGGGAACGAUAUGCGCACGAUAUAAUGUGUACGAAAUCAUCGCAUAUUUAUAUGGACUUUUACAGCUUCAAAGCGGACAGUUUUCAGUUUCUUGUAUCUCGACGGUUGUUGUGUUUCACUAAAUAACUUACCCGAUUAUGGCGUGAAAAAUGUGUAUUUUUACUUAACGUCGGAGUUUUUAAGAUGCUAUUACGCAGUGAUGGUGAAAAGUAUACGUACAAGCAAGCAAGCACGGAUAAACGUUGAGACACUGCCAUAGAAAUAAAGGGCUGCAAAAUAGUUUUCGACACAGACAGUUGCUGCAGUUUACGAGGAUAGGAGAAUCCUGUGAGAAACAACGUUAUGUAUAUUAUAGAAUACGUAGUGUAAAGAGGAGACCGUGAAUCUUAUUUUUCCAAAUUUCUUAAAACUACAUUUUUCACCAACUGUGGAGUGAUCUCUCUAUAUACAUAUAAACUAUCUCAUUAAAUUGAAAACUUGCAACAUUCCGAGAAAGAGAAUCUGCAGUCUUUCUCCAAGAAUUUAUUUUAUCGAUGUAGAUACAGGAUAUUUCUGUAAUAUGCGAGAUUCACUUCAGGAAUAGAAUUCAGCACUUAAAAGUAACAUUUAUUCCGAAUAAAAUAAUUUUUAAAUUUCUUUAGCUUGAUUUGCUGAAACAAUGAGUGCAAAAUUUAUUGUAACUUGGAGAGAAGAUCAAAUAGAAUAUACUAUAGUAACUUAUAUUAACUUUUUAUUGUGCUAACUUUUAAUUCCUGAAGUGUCUCACAUUUAUCACCUUGCACCUUGCAGUAUCUUGUAUGCUGACUAAUUCUUUAUAGCAUAUUGACCAUAGUUGGUUGGGAUGAUUUCUGUGAAUAAAAUACAUCUUAUAUAUUUUAUACUUCAUUACUUUUGAUGUCUGUUGUCGAAAGCAGAUUGCAUAAAAUCAUCCUGACCUACUGGACUAACAGUAUGUGACAGGCAUUACAGAUGUGUUUAUAAUGAUAACAAAAGUAAAACAUAAUGUAAGCAACAAGUUAUAAAUCGUAUUCGCAUCGCAUAUUUCACGUUAAUUCUUUGAUAGACUUUUACAACUUUACAAUUAGGCAAUAUGUAAACACAUUAUGUACAGUCUGCAAGAUAUUUUUGCAAUUAUUGUUACACCGAUAUAUAUUGACUAAUAUAUAUUGAGUAUAAAUAAUAUAUUGACGAUUCGCUAGAUGAAAAAUGACUCUGUUGUGGUAUUGUCGUGAUAAUGAAGUCAUGAUUAUGUGUGAUCAUGGGAGCAAGUUGAAUGAACAAAGUGUCAUACGCGAUUAAACGGAAUUCCUAUUCAAAUUCAAAUAUGUGUUUUAUAUGGAAUACAGAAUAGAUUUAACACUCUAUUGAAUUUAUUUAACUUUAUUCAACUUCGUACGAUACACAUAUCAUACACAUCGAAGAGUUAUGAAAUAUAUGAUGCGAAUAUAUGAUGCAAAAUUGGUCAUGUAGAUUCUGCUAUAAAUUGAGGAUGUGCAAUAUUACAUGUACAUCGCUCUUGAGAACACGUGAAAGGAACUUUUAGAUUAAAGUACUAUUGUUAGCACCUAUUUUAUUCUUUGUGUUAUGUUUUAUGAUUAGUUGUAUGCUUGAUUGAUAUAUAUAUAUAUAUAUAUAUAUAUAUAUGAUAUAUAUAUAUACACACACACACACUGUACAAUAAUUGUUACGUUAUAUAUAGCUCUGUAUCUGUAUUAUAUUAAUUGUAUUAUUUUGAAAUUUGUAUAUAUUUAAUAUUAUGUAUAGUAACGAAGGAGAGGGAGUGAGGUAUGCAGCAAUAUCUCAUCUUUCACAAACUGAUGUUACUUUGUAAGUGAAAAAUCGAGCUAAUCGAUUGUAUUUCUUGUGUUUUAAUUAAUUUGCAAGAAAGGUAACACACAUGUAUCACUUGUAAGAGAAUAUAUCAUUCAUAUACUUGGAUAUACAUUAAUUUGUACAAUUCUUGUAUCUUCGUUAAUAAAUUCCUCUAAAA